GUUGUGGCCAAUAUCACGAACAACUACUGACGACAGAGUGAGUGAGUGAGUGAGAAACGAGAAUCCCCGAGGUUGGAUCCAACCAAAUCAGUCCCAAUUGCAGACCUCGAAUCCAUCCCCCGAACACGGGACUACCGGUUCUGUCCACCUGUGAUGAACCCCCCGCGGGACCAUCAGUGAGGGUUAGGAGGCUAUCUUAAGGGGGACGGUUUUGACUGGGCCCCACCCAGUCCAGGUUUUGCCCGCUAUGUCCGAGUGAUAGCACUCAACCAAAUUGAGGUGCAUAAAGUGUGUUAGUUAGUUAGUGAGUCAGUGAGUCAGUGAACUGCCGUGAGGUGCGGCUGAAUACUCCGGGUCCAUGAUGAUGGGUCCGGCUUCGCCCGUGUCAUCGAACGGGGGGCGCAUGAUGAUGAGCGGACCCAGUCAAAACUCGCAAUAUCCGCCGGGGCCCCAUCCACCGUCCCAUCAUCCGCCAUUCCCUCCCCAACCUCAUCCCUCGUCUCAGAUGGGGCGGGGCUCGUCGCAACCGCCUCUGCCCUUGGGCGGGGGUGGAAUGCAGUUGUCGGCCAUGGCCGAGCAGGCUCGUAAAAUGCACGACUACGAGACACUUUGUCAGAUCAUAACGCAAUGGAAUGCCAACCGAUUGGAUUUGUUCGCCUUGACUUUGCCCAACGAGGAAUUGGAGUUCAAUGGCGUGAUGCGGUUCUACUACCAAUCUCAGGACAAAGAUGACACGGGUCAAAAGGUGGCCACUAAAUGCAUUCGCGUCUCUUCCACUGCCACGACUAAGGCCAUCAUCGAGACCCUGAUUGAGAAAUUUCGCCCCGACAUGAAAAUGUUGGAAGUGCCAGAAUAUGCCCUUUAUGAAAUCCACGAAUCUGGUGAGCGACGACUCAAUCCCGAAGAAAAGCCUCUAUUGGUGCAAUUGAACUGGCAUAAGGAUGACAGAGAAGGACGAUUCCUGCUGAGACGAAUCGACGAGGCCAGCAGAAUGCCAGAACCAAGCAAUGAAGAUUCGAGUUUCAAGCGAAAGCUUUCCAAGCGCGAAAAGAAGCAGUUAAAAAAGCAAGAAAAACUGAAUAAACUCAAAGACAAGGAGAAUCGCGAUGGGCUCACUGGUCCUGGCCAAGAUGGAGGUGUGGCGGAGAAACUCUACACGGAAUUGCCGGAUACUAGCUUCACACGAUCUAUUUCAAAUCCAGAGGCUGUCAUGAGACGACGGAGGCAACAGAAAUUGGAGCGGAAACUUCAACAAUUUCGGAGCAAAGAUGGUGGGCCAGACACCGGUGGAACUCUCAAAAUCUAUGGCGAGGCCAUUUGCAAAGACGUACCUUAUAAGACACUUCUCAUAUCCAUUCGAGAUAAUGCAGCAUAUGUCACCGAAGAAAUGCUCGAGAAAUAUGGACGCGAUAGGCGAGAGGCAAUUCGGUAUUGCUUGGUCCAAUGCACAACUAUGGACCAAGAAGGUGUUGAACCAAAAACGCAAGACUACUACUUGGAAGAUGACGAAUGUCCUCUGGAAAUCCUCAUGAACCAUCCUCCUGCCAGAGGCACUGUUACUUUCCAUGUUAGACCCAAGCCCUCGGACUUCUUUCCCCGGAAACGCAAGAAAAAGCCAAUGUAUCAAGGGGGAGCUGUCUCUGAUAGUGUCUUACCUCGUAACGAUGAUCUCGCAAUGAAUAGCGUUCCGUUCCUGGUUGAAACCAAUCCUGAUGGGUCCGAGAAUUUGCGAGGAGGGGCCCCUUUUAAAUUCCCUAUUCCAACUAAUGUCACUAAAGUGGGAUCCGACCCAGCGAUUCAAAAUGCCCAGAGUUUGCUUCUUCCACCUGGACCAUUCAUUUUCCCUCAACAUUGCGUUCUCGCUCACACUGAAGGCAUUGUAACUGUGACUCCAAGCCACCGCGAUGCUGAAACAUAUGUUGGGAAUCAGAGAAUUAUUGAGACCACCAUUUUACAGCACGGAAAUUUGAUCUGCUUUGGACGAUCAAAAACUUUCCGAUUCCUGGAUGCAGCAAUCUUAAAACGAGAGCAGUGGCGACUACAAACUAGUAGUGUCACUCUUCCUGAUCCUAGACAUUCCAAUUACGUUCACUUUGGACCAGCCUCUUCAACUAUGGGCGGGGAAGGCUCACUUCGUGGAAAGGAUAAUAUCUUACCCGCUGUUUUGGAGUUCCGUGAAGAAUCCGAAGAAAACUUCUUCAACGCCAUCACAAUGGGUUUGGAAACGAAUGGUGUGCAAUUUAAGCUAGCUCCCACUUACACCUUCUACAUGGCCACACGCUUCCGGGCAUCCACGCAUUAUCGCCCAGAAUUGAUUCCCGAGGAACGAGCCGUCAGACUCACCGACAUGCUGAAUCGAGUCACGGAAAAAAUUUAUAAUAACGUUCAAUUACACCAAAGUGAGGCUUCCAACUUGGCUUUCUGGAUGGCCAAUGCUUCGGAGUUGUUACACUUCUUAAAGUGUGACCGUCACAUUACUUCUUUCUCGUUGCAAGCCCAAGAUAUCUUGGCCGAAACUGUGCACUUGGCCUUUAAGCAAUUGGUCCUCUGUUUGCAGAAGGGGCUGAAGUCCGCCAUGCCCCAUAUGUUACAUGACUCUGAUGAAGAUGACAAAAGCGAUAAGAGCAUUCCCGACAUCAUGAUGGUGUUGUCAUCGGCCAUGAAUCUAUUGAGAAAGUGUCGGGUUAACGCGGCCUUGACCAUUCAAUUAUUCUCCCAAUUGUUUCAUUAUGUGAACAUGUGGACCUUCAACCAAAUCGUGAUGUCUGGAUAUCCGAGGGGAGGCGAGCGUCCAAUCAAUUAUUGCAACCAUCGAUGGGGAUUGCGACUCAAGAAGCGGCUCUCCAAGAUCGAAACCUGGGCUGAGCGACAGGGGUUGGAAUUGGCCGCGGAUUGUCAUUUGGCUCGAGUGGUUCAAGCUGCUCACUUGCUUCUUGCACGGAAAAAUAGUGCCGAGGACAUUGCUUCAGUGAGCUCGAUUUGUUUCAAGUUAAACUCCCUUCAACUGAAAACUCUCCUGCACAAGUAUGAACCCGAACCGAACGAAACGCCCAUCUCGAAUGAAAUGAUUGACACGAUUGUGCGGGUGGCUGAAAAUACGGUGGAUGAGAUGACCAACUCUGAAGGGAGAGAAGUCAGAUUAGAAGAAGAUUUCGUGCUCCAACUUCCGUUUUUGUUGCCUGAAGACGGUUACAGUUGUGAUAUUGUACGUGGAAUACCAGGUGGUUUGGUGGAAUUCAUCGGACCGUUACAGCAAAUGGGAUUGUGUAUCAUGACGCCUCAACCCACUUCUAGCGGGUUUUGGACCAUCUAUAUGGAACGCCUAGAUGCCACGCCAAUGAUGGCCUCCCCUGUGCCUAGUGAGAUGAGUCAAAACACCACUACCACCACGGGGGAUCAACCUUUUCACCACGGCAACCCUCCUCCUCAGCAUUACAACGUAGGCCCUCCCAAAAUGGACUCGCCUAACAAGCCCUCCCCUCCAUCGCAUAAUCAGGGCAACGAGCCGGAAAUUCAGACCAUUCAGCUCGCCAAAUCCACCAAUGGCAUGGGUUUGAGCAUUGUGGCCGCCAAAGGAGUCGGCAAAGACAGAUUGGGCAUCUACAUCAAGGCUGUGGUUGAGGGGGGAGCAGCCUUCCACGAUGGACGACUCGAGGCUGGAGAUCAGCUUAUCAAUGUGGAUGGGCAAAGUCUCGUCGGGAUCACACAAGAAAAGGCCGCAGAGAUAAUGAUGCGGACCGGCCCGGUAGUAACCUUGGUUGUCGCCAAGCAGGGAGCAAUCUUCCAUGGCUUGGCCACCCUUUUGUCACAGCCUUCUCCGCUCAUGUCCAGAAAUGGCAGUGGUCAUUUAAAUCGAUAUGCAGGCUACACUCGUUCUGUUGGUCCCCCGCCAAUGGAUUCUUCGACCUUAGCCAUGUCACAAUCCAAAUCAGUUCCAUCCCUGUAUGCCGCAGACAAUCAACACACGUACCAGAAUCAAAAUCCUGCUUUCCGUCCCACGGAUUCUCUGCGAAAGCCUCAGCCCCAUAAGGCUGGGUAUGGAAGAGCCUCAUCUGUCCAACAUCUAGGGCCCACACCGGCCAAUGGAAAUGCCUUGAGUGAUCCUAGAUCGGGGAAGAAUUUUCAGAAUGGAAUCAUGAAUCAAGAAGACCAAGGUUUCUAUCAAAAUGUAGGGCCAAAUGGUCAACCUAUUUUUAAUGCCACAAACACUUCCGUCCGAGCUCCCAUGGGAGGAACGAUGCCUCCUGGAGGCUUGAGGUAUCAUUCCCAAUCAUCCUUGAACAAGAUGCCCGCUCCAAACUCGCCUAGAGAAACUGGAGAUGUGUAUCAUGCAUCUCCACGGGUGAUUGGAACUCCAGGGGACCCAGGCCAAGUUCAUCAAUUCCAAAAGCAGCAAAUUGGUCCAGAAAAACCCCAACGGCAAUAUGCAUACAAUGAAGACCCUUCUCCCCCUCAUCAACAGCAACAGCAACAACAUCGUCAUCAGCGCCAACAGCAACAACAGCAGCAGCAUAAGCGCUCGAGCUCUGAGCUGAUUCGCGAAGAGGAUACUAAUGGUAGUCAGAAGGAGCAACAACCUCCUCCUCUUCCUGAACAGCAUCAACAGCAAAGACGUGAAUCGCAACCCAAUCGGGUGCGAUUUCAAGAGCCUGAGGAAAACCCAAACCCUUCGAUGAAGGAAUUUAUAAGUGGCGAGCAGAAAUCCGACAUGACUGACUACCUCGAGCACUUACACAUAUCAUCCAUAGAAAAGGAAUUUCGCAAGCGUAUGGCAGAGUACGAUGAUGGAAAUGAGUCUGCCGAGUCAGAUAAUGACGAUCGACUCCUGCCUCAAUUUCGUCCCAGCCGGGAUAAGAAGCUGCAAGAUAAUCUGGAGAGGAAGCGACAAGAAUUAAAUCAAACACGAGAAGCCGAGGAGAGGCUUUUGUUGGAAGCUGAGAAACGCCGUCAUUCAGGGAGUGGCGAGACACCUCCACCGCUGCCGAGUGUCCCUCCCCCAGAUGACUCAGCUGGACCUCCUCCAACAGUUCCUAUUCAUGCGCCAGGAACCGAAAGGCUCGAUAUGUUGGUUGGAGGCGGUCUUAGGACCAAUCAUAACGGAUCGGUCAAUUCUAAAUCUGAGGUCUUUUCCUCGUCGUCUUCCUCAUCGUCGUCUUCAACGACUGUCACCACUGUAACCACGAAGAAAGUAUCAUUUUCCACGGCUGAGCCUGUUACCGAGCUUGUUAGUGGGGAGAGCAACACGAAUGGAAUGGAUGACCUGAAUAGUGAAAGCGCUUCUAACCGACACGAAGAUCCUCAAUCGUUUAUUCGAGAUGCCGAAACCAUGUUGAAUCAGUCUUCCAUUUCUCUGGAACGCUUUGAUGUGAACAAAAGCACGGGUCAUACUCCAAGUGUAAUAGGAGCUCAGGAAGUUUACAGAGAUCCACGAGCAAAAUUAUUGGAAAGCAAGGCCCAAGAGCAAAAAGCCACAGAAAAAAGUCGAGAUGGAGCCAAGUUGAGUUUUCAGGAAAAGAUGCGACUCUUUGCCGUUGAAGCGGGCGAGUCCACGCCUAGGGAUCGAGCUAAAAUCUCACGAGCUCAAAGAGAAAUUGAGCAUGAAAAACGCGAAGACCCAAAUCUCCAAUUCCAUCUCCACCAAGAGCAGCAAAAAUAUCAUCAGCAACAGUAUCAGCAACAACAAUAUUAUGACGGUCAAGGAGCGUUGCAGGAUUACGAUCAAGCAUACGAAGACUAUGACUCUGAAUCGAAUCCUCGACCUGUGCUUGAAAUGGGCAAAAAAAGUGCCAGGAAAGGGCCGAGGUCGACCUCAGAGUCGCUUUCGCUCGACCAGAGUGAACUUGGGGGUGAUUACGAUGGAUUCAUCACGGAUAUUGCCGCAUUGGAAGGGGCGCCUCGGUUCCUUCACACUGAUGAUGUGGAAGGCUCACAUGACUUAGCCACGCCCUCGGCCACGUUGGGACCAAGCUCAAAACUGUCUUUGGCGGCCAUGUUGGCCUCCGUGGCCCCAGAAAAAGGACGCGAGGUUCAAAAGGUCAAGGCUCAGGCCCAGGCCAAAGAAUGGAAGCUGAGCCAACCAUUGAGCGAUCCGGCCGCCAAAAUGGUGGCCAGAAAAGCGCUCUAUCAACGAGCCAAGGCCGAUUUGGGUCAGUGGAACGCCUUGGUUCAUUCUCGACGAGCGGCUGAAACCCUGUCUUUUCCCAUUCGAACCGAAUCCGUCAACCGACUGGAAACCCAAAAUGAGGCUGCCACCCAUUUCAAGGCCCAAACUCCACUGGAACGUGAAGUGGCUGCCCUUUUGCAUGGGUCUGCCUCCACGGUGAAAGCCGGGAGCGAGCUGAGUCAACGCGAAGAAUCAAUUUUGAGUAACUUGUCGUACCAAGAGGCCCUGGAAAAACGCAAGGAAUUGGCUCGACUUCGGGCCUUGCAAAGCUAUCAAGAGGCUAAAAUGAAACGGCAGCGCAAAAUCAAAAGUCGGAGCUACCGGAAAGUUGUGCGCAAGCAAAAGGCGAAGGAGAAGCUCCGAGAAAUGGAAGAGCUCCAGAAAACCAAUCCGGAAUUAGCCCAAGAGAAACUAGAGGAAAUGGAUCGGACUCGCAUCACUGAGCGAGCCUCGUUGAAGCAUCGAAAUUCAUCCAAGUACUUGAAAACGCAAGCCAAACGUGCCAAGUACUCCAAAGAAAGUCAAGCCAAUCUUCAAGAGCAAUUGGAUCUUCAUCGAAAUCUAAUGGCCAAAGCGGAUAACGAAAAGGCAGACGAGGCCAAGGAAAACUCCUCCGAUUCUGAUGAUGAGAUCGACCUAGACGACUUGCUGUUGGCUAAGCAUCAGGAAGCUUCUUUUGCGGUGAAUAAGAAUGUCCUCAAGGAAACCAUCAUGGCCGAGCAAAAAACCACUCGCUCAUCGACAAAGGCCAAGAAAACCCCCAAGGAGACGCGGCAAGCCGUUCUCAAGAAAAAAGCUCAAGAGCAGCUACAUUUGGCCGCUAACAUCGACGAUUUGUUUAACGUGGCCGAUCACAUCAUCGAUGACAAGAUUCGCGACAGGUGUAAGCAGAAGUCGAAAAAAAUAGAUGACAAUCAGGAAGAGCCAUCCUCCGAUCCUGAGGACGCAUAUGAGGAUGCGGAUAGUCGGGCCUUACCCAUGGCAUCCAAGGAUUCCCAAGAGAAAUCUACUCUAAAUAAAGCGCCAUUACCCAUUUUGGAUCCGGAUCGUUUCGUGGCUCCCACCGAUGUGUCGGUGCCCGUUUUGGUCGAUAGUGAGCACGAAGAAGACAUCGAGCACGGUGGGGCUGAGCAACAAAAAGCUGAUAUCAUUGAAGCUUUUGCCGAUGACCAAGUUGAUAUCGAUUUUAGCGCUGAAAAGAAGGCUGCUAUUUUGGCCUCCAAACCGAAGGACAUCGACCUGUCUUUGCCAGGCUGGGGUAGUUGGGGCGGACAAGGGUUGAGCAUUUCCAAGCGGAAAAGGAAGCGUUUCAUCGUUAAAGCGCCGCCCGUGCCCAAACGUCGGGAUGAAAAUAAGGGCCAUCUCAUCUUAAACGAUCACAAGAACGAAUCAUUGCGCUCUCAUCAGGUUAACCAGGUUCCCUUUCCAUUCAAGUCAGUGGCCAGUUUUGAGGCCAGUAUCCGGGCUCCUGUGGGCGAGACUUUCGUGCCUCGAGUGGCUUUCAAGCGACUGAUCAAACCCAGAGUGAGCACAAAGGCCGGUCACGUGAUCGAACCCAUUCAAAAAGAGUCGCUCCUCAAGCGACAGAAGCGAUCGUGAUGGUUGACCUUAUUAAUGGUUCAUGAAACAAACGGAUCUCUGAGAGAGCAAAUUUAUCAAAUUUGCAAAUUGGAGCUAAACGGGAUCGAGGAAUCAAAAUUGUGUCUUAGUAUGUGAAAGAGACGAUUGUCCCCGAGAUAUUGGAGCCUUGCUACAUUGGACAAUCUGACAGUUGUUAACUACUGUAUUAUACUAAAUUGAAACAUAUAUAAUGUUUUUA